UGUCACGGGCAAUGGUGAAUGGAGGUACAGUGUCUGGUCAAACACUUCUGCCUACCCGUAGGUGCCACAGUUAGUCAGUGGAAGACUGUGAGAGGAGCCCUCUCCGAAUCUGGGAAGACGGAAGAUGAGGCAAUGGCGUGGGUAACAGGAAAUUUAAAAGAGAGCCACGUCAACAUCUUCAAGCUUGCGACCAUUGGUCUUCUCCUGCCCAUGUCUACUGCCGACUGUGAGAGAGGGUUCAGCACCCUCAAACAAAUAAAAACAGACAACCGAGCUACUCUGUCAAACAAGGUGCUAAAAGCCCUCCUCACUGUCAGCAUCAAAGGUCCCUCAUUGGAGGUUUUUGACUUUGCUUGUGCGGUCAAAACUGGCACGGGGCCAGGCCACGUAGAGCAGACAUAGAGUAAGCGGGGUGUGACAUGUACAUUGUAUUAAUGUAUAUUUCAUUUUUUGUGUAAGGGUGCUGUUGUCACUGACCUGACUGGUGAUUGGUGCAAUUUGUACGUGUCAAGUGUUUGUUAUAUUUUUUCUCAAAUUUCAAUAGGUAGUUUAAACCGUUGUUUUUUUUCUAAUAAAAGUAUGCUUACUGUAAGAUGGAUGUGUAAGGUACACUGUACUUAUCAUUAUUUGUAUGUGUUUGUUAUGUUUUUCUCAAAUGUCCAUAGGUCG